AUGGGAAAUACAAAUUCGAUGUGUGAGUGUAAAAGGUUUUCCAACUACAAGAAACCUCCGAUAGGUUUAGUUAGGAACAACUCAUCUCACGAUGGUAUUAAAACAAUUGAAGCUGUUAAGAGUUGUAGCCUUUCGAGAAAAUCAGAUAUUUGCAUCCGUAUCAUCACAUGGAACAUGAACGGAAAGGUUUCGUAUGAGGAUUUGGCUGAGCUUCUUGGCAAAGACAGGAAAUUCGAUUUGCUUGUCGUUGGCUUGCAAGAAGCACCAAAAACCAAUGUUGCUCAAUUUCUACAAACAGCUUCAUCUCCAACUCACGUGCUUCUUGGGAAGGCGAAAUUGCAAUCAAUACAGCUGUAUUUGUUUGGACCAAAGAAUUCACAAACAUUACUAAAAGAAAUAAAGGCGGACAGACAUUCCGUUGGAGGAUUAGGAGGUUUAAUUGGAAGAAAGAAAGGAGCUGUUGCUAUUCGUAUUGACUACGAUGACAUCAAAAUGGUUUUCAUCACUUGUCAUCUCGCUGCUCACGGAAGUAAAGUAGAUCAAAGAAAUGAAGAGUUGAGACACAUAUCAAAUUCACUAUUAUCAAAAGACAAAAGGACACGUGACCUCACUGUCUGGCUUGGAGAUCUCAAUUACAGGAUCCAAGAUGCCUCCAAUCGUCCUGUUCGAUCCCUUAUUCAUAACCAUCUUCAAUCUGUUCUUGUGAGUAAAGAUCAGCUCUUGCAAGAAGCUGAGAGAGGCGAAAUAUUCGAAGGUUACUCCGAAGGAACUCUAGGGUUUAAACCGACUUACAAAUACAAUGUGGGAAGCAGCAACUACGAUACAAGCCAAAAGGGAAGGAUUCCAGCUUGGACAGAUAGGAUCUUGUACAAGAUCCAAGAUACUAACAAUAUUCAAGCAGUUCUUCAUUCUUAUGAUUCAGUAGACCAAGUCAAUGGUUCCGAUCAUAAGCCCGUGAAAGCGGAUCUUUGCUUGAAGUGGAUCUACAAUUAG